CAUCUCUAUGAUUUCGUUUCCGGGUGCGGGGGGAAGGAGAAGGGUCCGGUACAGUACGGUGGCUGAGGCGGCUCACGCCCUGCCGAAGGCGAAAGGCGGCGGUGGCGGGGCUCAGCAUGGCGGCGCACCUGAAGAAGCGGGUGUAUGAGGAGUUCACUAAGGUCGUCCAGCAGCACGAAGAGAUCUCCGCCAAGAAGCUGCGGCUGACCAAGCCCAGUAAAUCGGCCGCGCUCCACGUAGAUCUGUGUAAGGCCACUUCGCCGGCAGAUGCCCUGCAGUAUCUGCUUCAGUUUGCCAGGAAACCAGUGGAGGCGGAAAGCGUGGAAGGAGUUGUCAGGAUCUUGCUGGAGCAUUAUUACAAGGAGAACGAUGCCUCUGUGAGAUUGAAGAUUGCUUCCUUGCUAGGUUUGUUAUCGAAGACGGCAGGAUUUUCUCCAGACUGCAUUAUGGAUGAUGUCAUUAACACGCUUCAAAACGAGAAGUCCCACCAAGUUCUUGCUCAGCUGCUGGAUACCCUGUUGGUGAUUGGGACGAAACUCACAGAGAACCCAGCUGUCAGAAUGAGACUGCUAGAUGUAGCCUGCAAGUAUCUGACGGACUCAUCCCAUGGUGUCAGAAACAAGUGCCUCCAGCUGAUUGGCUAUCUUGGAUCCGUGGAAAAAGGUGCCACAAAAGAAGCUGAAAGCCUGGCUGCCAAAGAUGUCCAGAAGAUAAUAGGGGACCACUUCAAUGACCAGGACCCUCGUGUUAGGACUGCUGCUAUAAAAGCUAUGCUGCAGCUACAUGAAAGAGGAUUAAAAUUGCAGCAGACUAUUUACAGUCAGGCUUGCAAACUGCUCUCAGAUGAUUAUGAACAGGUACGCAGCGCUGCAGUUCAGUUGAUCUGGGUCCUCAGUCAGCUGUAUCCUGAGAGCAUUGUACCAAUUCCUUCUUCCAAUGAAGAAAUUCGCUUAGUUGAUGAUGCAUUUGGAAAAAUAUGUCACAUGGUCAGUGAUGGCUCAUGGGUUGUUAGAGUGCAAGCUGCUAAACUGUUGGGAUCUAUGCAGCAAGUUAGUUCCCAUUUCUUGGAGCAGACACUUGACAAGAAGCUGAUGUCAGAUUUGAGGCGGAAGCGCACUGCACAUGAACGAGCCAAAGAGCUUUACAGCUCUGGGGAGUUUUCAAGUGGCAGAAAAUGGGGAGACGAUGCACCCAAAGAAGAAAUAGACACAGGCGCUGUGAACUUGAUUGAAUCGGGAGCUUGUGGGGCUUUUGUUCAUGGCCUGGAAGAUGAAAUGUAUGAGGUUCGGAUUGCUGCAGUUGAGGCCCUCUGUAUGCUGGCUCAGUCUUCACAGUCUUUUGCAGAGAAGUGUCUUGAUUUUCUAGUAGACAUGUUUAAUGAUGAGAUCGAAGAAGUAAGAUUGCAGUCGAUACACACAAUGAGAAAAAUCUCCAACAACAUAACGCUGAGAGAGGACCAGCUUGAUACCGUGCUAGCUGUCUUGGAGGAUUCCUCCCGAGACAUUCGGGAAGCACUUCAUGAACUACUGUGCUGCACCAAUGUCUCGACUAAAGAAGGCAUCCAUCUUGCAUUGGUGGAGCUGCUGAAAAACCUAACCAAAUACCCUACUGACAGAGAGUCCAUAUGGAAGUGCUUAAAGUUCCUGGGAUGCAGGCAUCCUACUCUGGUGCUUCCACUGGUCCCAGAGCUGCUGAGUACACAUCCGUUUUUCGACACCCCAGAACCUGACAUGGAUGACCCAGCCUAUAUUGCUGUUCUGGUUCUCAUUUUUAAUGCUGCUAAAACUUGCCCAACAAUGCCAGCACUGUUCUCGGAUCAUACUUUCAGACACUACGCCUAUCUUCGUGACAGUCUCUCUCAUCUUGUCCCUCCAUUGAGAUUGCCAGGUAGAAAACUAGUAUCCUCCCCUGUUUCCUCCAGUGUUACCCCCCAUGAAGAUCCUUCCCAGCAGUUCCUGCAGCAGAGUCUUGAGAGAGUUUACAACCUUCAGCACCUAGACCCACAGAGCACACAGGAGCUGCUUGAAUUCACCAUUCGUGACCUUCAGAGGCUUGGAGAACUUCAGUCAGAACUGGCAGGGGUGGCAGACUUCUCCGCAACUUACCUUCGGUGUCAGCUGCUCCUCAUCAAGGCCCUCCAGGAAAAACUGUGGAAUGUGGCAGCUCCUCUCUACCUGAAACAGAAUGCUUUGGCAUCAGCUGCUGCAAAACAGAUUAUGGAAGAAACUUACAAAAUGGAGUUUAUGUACAGUGGAGUGGAAAAUAGACAAGUGGUCAUUAUUCACCACAUGAGACUGCAAGCCAAAGCGUUACAACUUAUAGUGACUGCACGUACUACUAGAGGAGUGGAACCCCUUUUUGGAAUGUGUGAAAAUUUUUUACAGGAGGUGGAUUCUUUUCAGAGAUGUUUUAUUUCUGAACUGCCCCAUAUGCAAGACAGUUUUGUGGAUAAGCUGCUGGACUUAAUGCCCAGACUUGUGACCUCCAAGCCUUCAGAAGCAGUGAAGAUCCUGCAAACAACGCUACGACAGAGCACCUUCCUGCACCUUCCUCUUCCAGAGCAGAUCCACAAAGCUACUGCAACUAUUAUUGAACCUGCUGGCGAGUCUGAUAACCCUUUGAGGUUUACAUCAGGACUCGUAGUGGCAUUGGAUGUCGAUGCAACUCUGGAACACGUGCAGGACCCUCAGAGCACAGUUAAAGUUCAGGUAUUAUAUCCAGAUGGACAGACACAGUUAAUCCACCCUAAACCAGCUGACUUUAGAAAUCCUGGUCCUGGAAGACACAGAUUGAUAACUCAGGUUUACCUUUCUCAUACUGCCUGGACAGAGCCAUGUCAGAUUGAAGUGAGGUUACUACUGGCGUACAACUCCAGCAGGAGCAAAGCUUCCACUAGACUCUCAAAAUCCACCUGGAUUGACAGCAUGGAGGCUCUUCCACCGUUUGAAUAUGGCAUUGAGGGAACCAUACCAUUCAGCAAACCUGUCAAAGUGUAUAUAAUGCCAAAACCUGCCAGACGGUGAAGUCAAUCACUAGCAGACUUUAUUUGUGGGAUUGUUGGGUUAUAUAUAAACAAAUUGCUAUGUUCAAGAUAGUGAAUCAGACCAAAACAGUGUUACCGUUAAUAAUAAUAAUAAUAAUAAUAAUAAAAAAAAGGUACCUCAGAAGAAGACAGCUACAAAAUAACAAAUGGCACUCCCUAUGGAAAAACUUGUUGAUUUUUAUAAAAUGUACCAGUUUUUGCAGAUGGUUGUGAAUGGUUUCAUUGAAUACACAAAUAGUUACAUUCAAUACACAGACAUUUCUAAAUCAAAGUAACAAAAACAAGACAAUUCCUAAUUAAGAUUGGCAUUCCCUCCAUUGAUAUUCUCACUGGGCCAAAUUCUGCAGUCCUUAAUUCCUGCCUAGGCAAAACAGCCAGUGGCUUCCAUGGGAGAUUUUUCCUGAGUGCAUGGUAGGUACAGCUGGCAAUAUUUAUUAUACAAAUAUAUAGUAAGGAUGUAGAUGUGUAUAAUAGUCUUAUGACUAUGAUAAAUCAGGCAGAGUUUUAGGCAUGUGUAUUCAUGCAUUGAUC